AUGCGGCCCAGCCCAGCGGCAAGAGGCAUCCGGCCUCCUGAUCCAGUCGCGCUGCCGCGCGCCUCGCAUGUCCUCUGCCGGUCAGGGCGGCGGCAAUCUUUGUUCAGAAGGCCCGUUUGCAGUCGCAGAUGGGUCGACUUUGUGAUGCAGCGUCGUUCCAGGCCUCCCGAGUGGGGCUGGAGCGGAUGGGGCGUCGCCGAUGUUUCGGCGAGGCAGCUCGAUUUUCUCCGCGCCGACGGCGGCGGUGCGUCGGUUUUGUUUUCAGAAGCGGCAGAAGCAUUGAUUGUCGAGGGUCCGCGCGCAUUUCUCCGAUUUACGCUGGACCCUCACGUCGGCGACUCCCCCGCCGCCCCUGGCACGCUCCGCGCGCCUGGAAAGGAGUGUCCAGGGCCAACCCAAAACAUCUGCGCGGACCUGCGAACGUUCAUGUUUAUGGCAGCUCUCUUCCUUCUGAAUGCGCAACUGCGGUCGCAGAUGGGUCUCUGGCAGGUCCACGAGGGCCGAAGUCUCACCCUGUGA